GGUCGCGCACUUCCGGCUUCUCUGCCGUCUGGAGGAUGAGUGACGCCGGGGAGCGGCCACGUGACUGCCCGGGGCUGGGGCCCGAGUUCGGCCCCUCGGCCCUGGGGACCAAAGAGCAUUGGGAUGCUGCAUAUGAAAGUGAAUUACAGAUUUUUCAGGAGAGUGGAGAUGCUGGGGAAAUUUGGUUUGGAGAAGAAAGCAUGAUUCGUUUAAUCAGAUGGAUGGAAAAACAAAAGAUCCCUCUGGACAGCUCUGUGCUUGACAUUGGAACCGGAAAUGGUGUUUUACUUGUUGAAUUGGCAAAAUGUGGUUACACUAAUCUCACUGGAAUUGAUUACUCUCCUUCUGCAGUACAACUUUCUCAAAACAUAAUAGAGAAAGAAGGGCUGUCUAAUAUUAAAUUGCAGGUAAAAGACUUCUUGACUCCAGCAGCUGAGCUAUCAGGAUUUCAGAUUUGUAUUGACAAGGGAACCUUUGAUGCCAUAAGCCUUAAUCCUGACAAUGCAGCUGAGAAGAGGAAGCAGUAUGUGAAAUCCCUCUGCACGGUAUUGAAAAUGGAAGGCUUUUUCCUCAUAACCUCUUGUAAUUGGACCAAAGAGGAGCUGCUAAAUGAGUUCAGGGAAGGAUUUGAAAUUCUGGAGGAGUUGCCAACACCCAAGUUCUGCUUUGGAGGGAGAGUUGGAAACAGUGUAACAGCCUUGGUUUUCCAAAGAAAAAAAUAAGGCCAUCCAUCUUGGACAAAUUAGAUUAGCUGAGAAAAGAAGUGUCUUCACUUCAAAGUAAAUCUGAUGCAAAGGAGAGAGAGAGAGGAAAAAAACCCAGCAUCUGUGUAAAUAACUGCUCACUGAGUGCACAAUAAAACACAGUGCAUUGUGCUGAACUGCAAUGGGCCUCCAUAAAAUUUCAGGGCAAGUUAUAUACAGCUGAAAUGUUUCUAGGGUAAAUUCUGCCUUUGUGCUGUUUCUCUUUGUUAUAGCUUCAUUUAUUUCAAUAAAAUUGUGUGGGUGUAAGUGCGGGAAAAUGUGACACUCUGAUUUUUCAGAGACCAACUAAAACUAUUCACAUUACUUUUGCAUUUGAAGUGUAAAUAUUUUUUUCCUAUUUAAUUUUUAUUUUGGUUUCUAAUGAACAGUUUAAAAUAAAUGUAAGCAGUAAUUGAA